GUGCGAGUAGUACCAGAACAGCUACUCGACUGCACCUCUCUUAAAAUUCCAAUUCAUUGCCGGGCGCUUCUGAGAUCGCAUUCCCAGGCCCGUCUGGCAAUUCAGAUCUCCGGCAACUAAUGGGGAAAGAAGAGAUUGUGGUUCCAGUGAUAGAUCUAGCCAACUUCCCCACUGAGCUGGAGAAACUUUCUGCCGCAGCAACCAAACUGGGCUGCUUCAGGGUCAUCAACCAUGGCAUCCCCCUGUCGCUUCUGGCCGAUAUGAAGGAUACAACCCGAUCACUGUUCCAGAUCCCCGAAGACCUUAAGCUUCGCAACGUCACCCAAAACUUGUUGGAAGGCGGCUACGUUCCCCUUAACUACAUACCUGAAAUUCCCUUUUUCGAGUCAUUCGGCAUCCACGACGCCUCCUCACCCGCCGACGUCCACUCUUUCUGCUCCCUUUCCAACGCCUCGCCGCACCAACGCGAAAUUAUCACCGAUUAUUUCGAGAAACUCCAUGCGGUAAUGAUGGAUAUAGCUUCCAGAGUAGCAGAGAGCCAGGGCUUGGUUGGCUACUCCUUCAAGGAAUGGCCUUGCCACUCAAGAUUAAACUCUUACAAGUUUAGCUCUCAGGAUAUUGGUCGUUUCGGCCUUCCCCUUCACACCGACUCUUCUUUUAUGACCGUCUUACAAGAUGAUGACAGCGUUCAGGGGCUUGAGAUCUUGGAUACUAACGGCACCUUUAUCUCCAUCGAUCCUGUUCCUGGAACCCUCUGCGUCAUCAUAGGUGACGUCGGAAAGGCAUGGAGUAAUGGAAGACUGCAAAAUGUGAAGCACAGGGUGGUGUGCAAGAAAGCCUUGCCACGAAUCACCAUCUCUCUGUUUCUGCUGGCACCUAAAGACGACAACAUAGAGGCUGAACCCGCGUUUAUUGAUGCUGAUCACCCCAAGCUUUACCAGAACUAUAUUUAUAGUGAAUAUCGCAAGCAGACAAUAGUAACAGGUCUUAGAGCGGGUGAGAUGCUAUCCCUUCUCCCGAAGCUCCCCGAAGACCGGCGUUCCUCCUCACCGAUCCUUGAGGAGGUCUUCGAGAUGGCUUCUCCUUUGGUUGGGAGACCCUCUAUUCAGGAUGUUGUGGUGAGUCAAUCUAAUGUUUUAGGGAAUGCUUUGUUCCCUUUGAUCUUUGAAGAUCAGCUUGUAGAUGCUUCUCAGGUUGGACUUUUGAAUAAAGCAUCUCGGAAAAAUGGUAAGCCAGCUUUGUAUUUACUUGAGGAAGACACAAAUCUGUUUGUUGAGUCUUUACGAUUCACUCUGAUAGGGCCGGUCUUAGUGACAUUGGUUUUAAUGGAAAUUCAGUUAAUUGGCAUAGAGAUUGUGCGAGUAGUACGAGAACAGCUACUCGACUGCACCUCUCUUAAAAUUCCAAUUCAUUGCCGGCCGCUUCUGAGAUCGCAGUCACCAGGCACGUCUGGCAAUCCAGAUCUCCGGCAGCUAAUGGGGAAAGAAGAGAUUGUGGUUCCAGUGAUAGAUCUAGCCAACUUCCCCACUGAGCUGGAGAAACUUUCUGCCGCAGCAACCAAACUGGGCUGCUUCAGGGUCAUCAACCAUGGCAUCCCCCUGUCGCUUCUGGCCGAUAUGAAGGAUACAACCCGAUCACUGUUCCAGAUCCCCGAAGACCUUAAGCUUCGCAACGUCACCCAAAACUUGUUGGAAGGCGGCUACGUUCCCCUUAACUACAUACCUGAAAUUCCCUUUUUCGAGUCAUUCGGCAUCCACGACGCCUCCUCACCAGCAGACGUUCACUCUUUCUGCUCUCUUUCCAACGCCUCGCUGCACCAACGCGAAAUUAUCACCGAUUAUUUCGAGAAACUCCAUGCGGUAAUGAUGGAUAUAGCUUCCAGAGUAGCAGAGAGCCAGGGUUUGGUUGGCUACUCUUUCAAGGAAUGGCCUUGCCACUCAAGAUUAAUCUCUUACAAGUUUAGUCCUGAGGAUAUUGGUCGUUUCGGGCUUCCCGUUCACACCGACUCUUGUUUUAUGACCGUUUUGCAAGAUGAUGACAGCGUUGAGGGGCUCGAGAUCAUGGAUACUAACGGCAACUUUAUCUCCAUCGAUCCUGUUCCUGGAACCCUCUGCGUCAUCAUAGGCGACGUCGGAAAGGCUUGGAGCAAUGGAAGACUGCAAAAUGUGAAGCACAGGGUGGUGUGCAAGAAAGCCUUGCCACGAAUCACCAUCUCUCUGUUUCUGCUGGCACCUAAAGACGACAACAUAGAGGCUGAACCCGCGUUUAUUGAUGCUGAUCACCCCAAGCUUUACCAGAACUAUAUUUAUAGUGAAUACCGCAUGAAGUGCAUGGUAACGGGUCUUAGGGCGGGUGAGAUCCUAUCCCUUCUGCAACCAUAGAUAUCGAUUCAAUCCUCGCAUCCAUGUCUACCCCU